CACAAGUCCCACUCUAGAGAAUGGCCAUGGGAAGAGGCAGUUGCACCACGGCAGUGUUCCUAGCCCUGUUGCUCAUCAUGUGCGCGCCGUUCCACACUCUCGCAGCCACCCAUGUCGUUGGGGAUUCGCAGGGGUGGGGCUUCUCAUUGUCGUACGCCGACUGGGCCAAUGAAAACACCUUCGCUGCUGGAGAUACCCUUGUCUUCAAUUACCAACCCGGUGCACACAACGUGGUGCCGGUGAGUGCUGCGGGCUACAAAACUUGCAAGGCGUCUGACACCUCGAAGGCAGCGACGACGGGCAACGACAAGUUUACUCUGAAGAAAGGCGCCAACUACUUCAUUUGCAGCCUUCCUGGCCACUGCGCUGCAGGCAUGAAGCUCCAAGUCGUUGCGGACUGAGGCUUUUGCUCGAUGAAGCUUAAAGCCUUCAGUAUGUAGUAGUAUCACGUGUGUGGUAAAUAAAGGGGCGGCCUCUCCGGCUUCCUGGCUAGCUUAAAUAAUGACCGCAAUAUGGAUAUGAACUGCUUAGUCUCAAAAGUGUGGUGUGUGAAUGUGUGAACGGUUGCUAUGAAUAAGAAUGUUGAACUAAACCAACUUGUGUGGGGAGAAAGUUAG